AGUGCUGCCCCCCUUACUUUCUGUGUAAAAAUCGAUCCGUGCGGUUUCUAUCCGGGUUAGUCGUGUGUCCUGUGGGCUCUGCUGCUCGAUUUAUGUAUACACACAUGCAUAUCGUUUUCCAGUGGGAAAUGACUGGGAAUGUUUCAGAUGAGCGCAUUUUAUAAAGGUUGAUGUUCACCUUAGAGGGAGCCACUUAAUAGUUUCCGCAAUAGACUCUUCACAGUAUUCCGCUUCUAAUCUUCUGACAGAGCGAAACUGUCCAGACAAGACUGGCCACAAGCUCCCUCUGCCCGGCACCAAGAUUAGCAACCUUGAAAGGCUGCCACGCUCCCCAGCGCGGCAGGAUUCCAACGUAAUGGAUACAGAGUCAACCUACUCUGGGUAUUCCUAUUACUCGGGUCGCUCCAGGGGAUCUCAUCGGCACAGUGAGAGAAGCCGAGACCGACAUAAAUCACGAAGUAAAGAGAGCAGCCGAUCAGAGAAAUCUGUCACCAUCAAGGCACCACCAGCUCAACCACUUUUAGGAGAUGAUACUAACCAAGGAGAGGAAGUUCAGGAUGAUAAUUGGGGUGAGACAACCACAGCAGUUACUGGGACUUCAGAACAUAGCAUCUCCCAGGAGGACAUUGUGCGAAUUACCAAGGAUAUGGAAGAUAGCGUGGGUUUGGACUGCAAGAGAUACUUGGGCCUGACUGUGGCAGCUGUACUUGGACUUUUGGUGUUUCUCACACCCAUUGCCUUUUUAAUUCUUCCUCAAGUCUUGUGGAGAGAAAAGCUAGACCCCUGUGGUACAGCCUGCGAAGGCCUUUUCAUCUCUGUAGCCUUCAAGCUGCUUAUUUUACUGCUCGGUACCUGGGCCCUUUUUUUCCGUUCACCACGUGCCAGCAUGCCCCGGCUAUUUGUCUUGCGCGCCCUACUCAUGGUGCUUGUUCUUCUUUUUGUCAUCUCUUAUUGGCUUUUCUACGGUGUGCGCAUUUUGGAUUCACAGGAUAGUAACUACCAAGGUAUUGUGCAGUAUGCCGUCUCCCUGGUAGAUGCUUUGUUGUUCAUCCACUACCUGGCCAUUGUACUUCUGGAACUGCGGCAACUGCAGCCUACAUUCUCCCUUAAAGCUGUCCGUUCCACAGAUGGUGAAGCAUUCUUCUACAAUCUCGGCCACCUCAGCAUCCAGCGAGCGGCACUGGUCAUUUUGGAGAAUUACUACAAAGAUUUCUCAGUGCACAACCCAGCAUUGCUAACAGCCUCAAAAUCUCGAGCGGCCAAGCACAUGGCUGGUCUGAAAGUUUACAAUGUGGAUGGCCCUGGGAACAAUGCUGCAGGGCAGUCUCGAGCUAUGAUAGCUGCAGCAGCAAGGCGGAGAGACUCCAGUCAUAAUGAGUUGUACUAUGAAGAAGCAGAUCAUGAACGGCGGGUGAAAAAGCGCAAAGCAAGACUGGUGGUGGCAGUAGAAGAAGCCUUCACACACAUUAAGCGAAUGCAGGAGGAAGAGCAAAAGAAGGCACCAGGAGAAGUGAUGGACCCCCGGGAAGCUGCACAAGCCAUCUUUCCUUCAAUGGCCAGAGCUCUACAAAAGUACCUCCGCACCACCAGACAGCAGCAUUGCCACACAAUGGAAAGCAUUCAGCAACACCUCGCUUUCUGCAUCACCAAUAAUAUGACACCAAAGGCUUUUCUGGAAAGUUAUCUGAACCCAGGUCCCACCUUGCAGUACAGUCGGGAGCGCUGGUUUGCCAAUCAGUGGACUCUAAUUAGCGAGGAAGCUGUUACCAGCGGUCUGAAGGAUGGGCUGGUUUUUGUUCUUAAAUCUGUAGACUUCAGCCUUGUUGUGACUGUGAAGAAAAUUCCUUUCAUCAAACUUUCAGAAGAAUUCAUUGACCCCAAAUCUCACAAAUUUGUUCUCCAGUUACAGUCUGAAACGUCGGUGUAGUUUUUCUUAAUUUGAAUUUUUAUUUUAUCUUUUUCAUAUUUUUUUUUUAAUAAAGGCCAACUUUUUAUCGUAAAAAUGAAUGAAAAUGCAGAUGAUGAACUCAUUUUAUGAGCUUCCGAAUUCCUGCUGGACAAAAUAGUCCAACACUGUUUGACAUCUGUGUAUUUGGACACUAAGUGACUUUCACAAAGCAGCUUUAAAUAAAAAACUUUCAAAGAAACCAGCAAACUACGUUCCGGAGAAGACAGCUUCGUCAAAGGACCACUGAGGAAAUCCUGUUGCGCUUAAGCUUUUGACCUCUUUAGGGUGCAGUGGGAGUAGCUGCCAUCCAGGAGCUUUGCAUGGACAUCAAGCAAAUAUGGUAGCAGCUCAAUCCUCCACAGUGUUUCUUCAGGUGUAUUUUAUUGAGCUAUAUUUUAGGUUAUUGGUUUUGCAUGUUAAAAAUGGUUUUGUUUAAAAUGGGUCAAUUUGCACAAUUUUGAAAUAUUAACACUGACAGUCUGUUCAUUUUUAUGUGCGAUCACAUGUUAACAGAGUAGCAAAUUGUAACACUAAUCCAGCCAUUUGUCUUCUGUAUUGUUAUUCUUUAUUGCUAUAUUCAUUUAUACAUUGAUUAUUUAAGUACUGCUCUGUAUAUGCCAAGACUUUUAAAGCAGUUACUAAAGAAAUACUUGUGGAGGUAAAUAGCAGAAUGGUUUCUUAACAUUUAUGACUGUGUUUGCACAAGUGGGUGGGUGGGGGGAGAGAAAUAUGUUGGCUUACAAGCUGUGUUUUAUUAAAACUUUUCUAAAAAAGUAAGAAAAACAUUAUUUCGAGGUCAAGUAAAAUUUAGAUUUAAAAGGCGCAAGCUUUGAGCAGUAAUGCUUUUGUUUAGCCGAAGGGAAAAUAGGAAAAAUAAAGAAAAAAAAUCGGGAAAUGUGCAAAAAUAUUUUUUUUCGCCUUUUUAGGCAAACUCAUCAUGUCAAAAAUCUGAGAGAGAGAGAGAGUUGAAACGACACUCUAAUCUAUAUUUUUUCUCUUUCCGAGUCACUCUCAAUGUAUUUGGCUUGCAGUUGUAAUAAUCAUUCAGUGGCCCUGUUUAAUCUCGUAUCAAGGAGAUGCUAAGAAUACUACACAAUUCCAGAGUGGAUGAUAACCAGUGUAUCAAAAAAGAGUCAAGUAUACUUGGAGGGAAGAGUCCACUUUUACAGUUAAAAUCACUAAAUGAAUGGUCGUUCCUGUAGUUCAAUUUUGCAAGAGGUUUUCCUUGAACAGAUCCAUGCACUAGAGUAGCAUAGGGAAAGCAGAACAUGACGUCUCAAAAGAGUACAGUUAACAAACUUCAAACAACUUUCCAUUCAGCAGUUGGGUUGAGAAAUGUUACACAGUUUCUAUUUCAGAAAUAAUGCAACCCUAAAAACUGUAUGUGAGGUAUGAAGAAUGAUGCAAAAGGGGUGCAUUGACAGCAGUGUUUUUAUUUUAUUUUUUUUUGCUUUUACUUUUGCAAAUAUAAAACUGAAUGUUUUACUACCAGAAUGAAUCUGCUUCCCAUUGUUUUUUUAAACUUUUUAUGUGUAUAAUUUACAAAUGCCCCAUUGUAUCCUCUGAAAAUUUUGUGUUCUCUUUUUAUUAGUUGCCAUGUAAUGUUAACCCAGCAACUGUGCAUCUUAUCAAAAUUCUGUUAUCCAAAAAAAAACACUUUUUUGAUUGUAAUGCAUAGUGUACACAGCAGGGUGUGUGACUCUGCCUACCCCUGUCCUUUUUACUUUUUGCUGUAAGCAAAAAGAGACGCCAGUGGAAUCGCCUCCGUCCAGAC